GCCUCCGCAGGGUCGCGGGAGCCGCGCGGCGGAUGGGAGGGGCUGGAGCGAAAGUUGCGGGCGAGGGAUCCGGGAUCCGGGGCAAUGGAAGCGGGGCCCGCCUUGUCUCCCGGGCCUUCCCGCUCCUUCAAGGAGGAGCUGCUCUGCGCCGUCUGCUACGACCCCUUCCGUGACGCCGUGACUCUGCGCUGCGGCCACAACUUCUGCCGCGGGUGCGUGACCCGCUGCUGGGAGGUGCAGGUGGCACCCACCUGCCCGGUGUGCAAGGACCGCGCGGCCCCCGCCGACCUGCGCACCAACCACACCCUCAAUAACCUCGUGGAGAAGCUGCUGCGCGAGGAGGCCGAGGGCGCGCGCUGGACCGGCCACCGCUCUCCGCGCCUCUGCCGCCUGCACCGCGGCCAGUUCAACCUCUUCUGUCUCGACGACAAGGAGCUGCUGUGCUGCUCGUGCCAGACCGACCCCCGGCACCAGGGGCACCGCGUGCAGCCAGUGAAGGACACUGCCCACGACUUUCGGGCCAAGUGCAGGAACAUGGAACACGCACUGCGGGAGAAAGCCAAGGCCUUCUGGGCCAUGCGGCGCUCCUACGAGGCCAUCGCCAAGCACAAUCAGGUGGAGGCUUCCUGGCUGGAAGGGCGAAUCCGGCAGGAGUUUGACAAGCUUCGAGAGUUCUUGAGAGUGGAGGAGCAGGCCAUCCUGGAUGCCAUGGCCGAGGAGGCCAGGCAGAAGCAGCUUCUGGCCGAGGAGAAGAUGAAACGGCUGGCGGAAGACACGGAGGCCCUGGCCCAUGAGAUUGAGCGGCUGCAGUUGGAGAUGAAGGAGGAUGACGUUUCCUUUCUCAUGAAACACAAGAGCCGAAAACGCCGCCUCUUCUGCACGAUGGAGCCAGAGCCUGUCCAGCCUGGUAUGCUCAUCGACGUUUGCAAGUACCUGGACUCCCUGCAGUACCGAGUCUGGAGGAAGAUGCUCAUGUGUGUUGAAUCUGUGCCUUUCAGCUUUGAUCCCAACACUGCGGCUGGCUGGCUGUCCGUGUCAGACGACCUCACCAGUGUCACCAACCACGGCUACCGGGUCCAGGUAGAGAAUCCGGAGCGCUUCUCAUCGGCACCCUGCCUGCUGGGCUCCUGCGUCUUGUCGCAGGGCUCACAUACCUGGGAGGUGGACCUGGGGGCACUGCCGAGCUGGCGCGUGGGCGUGGUGCGGAUGCGCCAGGACGCGGGCGCCGAGGGCCACUCGCACAGCUGCUACCACGACACGCGCUCGGGCUUCUGGUACGUGUGCCGCACACAGGGCGUGGACGGCGACCACUGCGUGACCUCGGACCCCGCCACAUCGCCCCUGGUCCCCGCCAUCCCGCGCCGCCUGCGCGUGGAGUUGGAGUGCGAGGAGGGUGAGCUGUCCUUCUAUGACGCGGAGCGCCACUGCCACCUAUACACCUUCCACGCCCGCUUCGGGGAGGUACGGCCCUACUUCUACCUGGGCGGCUCGCGGGGGGAUGGGCCCCCCGAGCCGCUGCGCAUCUGCCCCCUGCGCAUCACCGUCAAGGAGGAGCUGGAUGGCUGAAGCCUGCCCUGCCUGAUGCCGCCGGGUCUCGCGCCCCGGUCCCGUUUUCUUUCUGUCUCUUCCCAAAGGCACACUUGCCUUGGUACCUCUCUGCCUCCCGCCUUCUUGCCAGGAUCUUCCUGCUGGCCAUCGUGUCCUUUUCUGUGGCUCCAGGCCAUGUACCUCCUCCCUCAUCUUUGGUCCCUUCUCUGCCUACCUUUGAAAGUUAUCCAGGAGACACCUCCCUGAUUAGGCUUUUUCCAAAGUUGUGGCAUCCUCUGGAUGUGAAUUUUCUGAUUCACAUUCUAAGAUUGCUGGGGAUAAUGUUUGCUUCUAAGAAUGGGUUUGUUUAAAAAUGUAAGUUUCAUCAUUUUCCAAGAGUGGUGAGGCCAGCAGACUGGAAGAGGACUGCUGUUGAGAAGAGUUUGUUACUCACAGUCUCCAGGAGGAGAGUCCUGCCAUGGUGGGGGUGGGGUGGGGUUUGGGAAGCACCAGGGUCCUUAGGAGACAGGGGGCGUGAGGGGAAAGCUUGGGUGGGAGACUUAUUAUGCUUUUCAAGGGAAGGAACAGGCCAGGCAGGGUAAGUGGGUUUAUGAUUGGCAAGUUGGAAUACUUUUGACCAGCACUAGGGCGCAGGGGCUGCCCCUAGGGAUGAUUAGGACAGGGGGAUAUUGGCCUGGAGUGGAGGAGCCCUGUGAGAGCCUGAUACAGGAGGUGGUUGGGGGGUAUAGCUCUGCAUGUAGAAGGUUGGCUGCAUUUGAAAGGCAUGCUCAUAGGGGAGUUGUUUGCUGUAUCUAGGAAUUUGCUAGCCGGAGAAGCCCCAGAUGCCAAAGUGUCAAGAUUACAGAAAAGAAGAAAAUAUAGUUAAUACAGGACCAUUGCCAUGGCUUUGGGGAGGACCCAUGGCUAGGCUUGUCUGUCACUUUAUACCAGUAUUUAAAACUGCUCCAGGGGCCUCCCUGGGGCCCUUCAGGGUGAGGUUGGGGGCAAGGCUGCCCAUCAGCUCGGCUCUGAUUUAUUGAUUUACACUUCUUGGAUGAUUUCCUGUGAACAGAGGUUCCAGAGCACUUAAAAACACACAAUUUAAAAACCAUGGUUUAGACUUGUUCCCUCUGUGGGCCUCACUUUCCUCAUCUGCGAUGAGAUUGUAGGCCUGGAAGGUGGUGCCCUUCUGUAAUUGUGUGGAGCAUCUUCCUCUGAUUCUUCUCACAAAGGUACAGAAGGGAGGGAAAGAGGGGCCCUUUCAGUUAGGAAGGAAGGAAGGGGACGCGGUCCAGGGGAAGUACAAGGAGGGAGGGAGCUCCAGGGCUCUUGUCUUUGCUGACCUCAGCCUGCUCAUUCUUGUUCUCCUGGCUUUUGCAUUCUCAUCCUGAUUUCUUCUCCCUCUGCCAUGCCUACAGACUCCUGCCUCCACCUUUUCUUCCUCAUACCUGCCUGCAGAGAGUUUUUAGUUGUCAAUUCACCGUGUCCUGGGACAGUACUGUAAAAGGAGAUGUUUUCCCACUG